UACGCCCAAACGCCGCUCAACACCAUCAAGGUAUACAAACACAGAGCUGCCUACGACUACCAAACAAUCCACUCCAUCUUCGCCUCGACUCUUGUCUCCCACGUCUCCUUCAUCUCUACCGACUCCGACAGCGACCCAACACCAAUAAACCUGCCCUUGACUGCCGUACUAGGCCGCUACGAUCCCUCCCAUCCUCUACCAUCCCACCCUUCUUCCCGAGAAUCUGCACACCGUGCCGAUCUGGACCGCCCCUUGGACCUCUACCUCCACGGCAACGUAGCAAUGAUGCUACGCCGUGCCAUCACCAAAUCCAGCGGCGCAGGCAUCAAAGUAUGCAUCUGCUCCACAAAAGUCGACGGCGUAGUGGUGAACUUCACACCCAAUGGCCAUUCCCUGAACUACAGAUCCGCAGUCAUCCACGGUAUCGCUGAAUUGGUCACGUUGCCAGAAGAAAAAGAAUUCGCCAUGCAUUUACUCACUAACCAUAUGAUUGCUUCCCGCUGGCAAAACACCAACCCUACGACUCCCUCAGCGCUCAAAAGCAUUCAAGUCAUGCGCGUGAGCAUCACUUCUGCCUCCGCAAAGGUCAGAGCAAAGAAUAUGGGCUUAGCGGACUCUUGCGAUAUCGCUGCAGAGAGGGAUGACAUAUAUACUGGGGUAUACCCUUUAUACGAGGUCUUGGGUGAGCCAGUGCAAAGUGGAUAUUCACCCGGCAGACCCGUGCAAGAGCAUUUGGAAGAGUGGAUGCAAAGGAGAAAUGCAGAGGAGAAAGAGUAUGCG